AUUGUACGAAGUUUUUCUAGUGGUAAACGAGAAGGUGGAGAUUUUCUGGAUUGUACACUUAGUGGAAGAGGUGAAUGGAUUUAUUGUGUAGCUGAAGAUCAUUUAUUAUAUUGUUUCAAUGUUGCUGCCGGUGGUAAAUUAGAACGAACAAUGCGAAUUCAUGAAAAGGAAGUGAUAGGUUGCGCGCAUCACCCUCAUCAAAAUCUCAUUGCUACUUAUUCAGAAGAUGGUGUCAAAAUCAAAUUUCCACCAUUUAAAAGUUCCAUAUAUCAUCAACAACAAAUACAACGACAAUUAAAUUUAUCAUCUAGUCAAUGUACAGAACAACAACAACAACAACAACUAGUACAACAACAACAACAAUCACGUCGAUUGCAUCAGAAUGUUAAAAAACGACGUAAACAUACAAAUACACCAUGGUAUAUGAAAAUACAACGUAAAGUUAAACAAUGUAAAUAAAGUUGUGCUGUUUUUUUUCAACAGAUAAUCAAUCAUGCCCUCUUUCUCUCUAUCUCUC